CGAUCUUAUUCGCAAUAUGCGGCCGACCAACGUUUGUGCCAUGUUCCUUUGGUGCAUCUUUGGUGCCAAUGCGGUGCCGGGCUGUGGGCAUUGCGUGGAGCAGGAGGAGAACGGGCUCGUGCAGUUGGUGAACCUCCAGCCGAACGUGGAGUCGUCCCAGUCGUCCCAGUCGUCCCAGUCCCAUCCCGGCGGUGCUCGGAGCUUCCGCCGCUUCCGCCGCUUCGGCCGCUACGGCGCGAAGACCAGCAGCACCAGCCGAGCCGUGGCCGAGAGCACAACGCAAGCCCUGGAAGCAACGGGCACCAGUACCACAAUGACAGUAGAAGCCACCACAGUGGCAACCACCACAAGCACCACAAGCACCACAAGCACCACCACCACCAGGGUGGUGUGUGGGGCAAUUUCGGGCAAUGUCAUUGUCCCGAGCACGCCCCAAAAUGUCAUGACGCUCAAUGUCACGCUCAGUCCAUUCAGUGCUGGUACAUCCCAAGAAUGCCAAUGUGUAGGCGGCAUUUUCAGCGGUUCCGCACCUGGCUACUUGGGUGUGGAACUAGAUCUCACUGCGGAUUUUACCGCUGCUUAUAUGAUAUCCAUCACCAGCCCCAAUGGCACAGAAGCCAUAGUGCCACCAGUUCGAUCCGGAAGUCAACUCUUUGCCAACACCGUGGCAUUCGCCGGGUUCCAAGGGCUUGGCAGCUGGACGAUCAAGCUGCUCGAUGCUAGCGGCAACCCUUCCAUCCAAAAGGCUGCCAGAGCGAAGGUCGAGUUUCGACUUCAAGCAUGCAACCAGAUUUUGGCACUUCCUGAUUGUUUUGGCAAUUGGAAUCGUGGAAACGAUUAUCUUGCUACCAAUCUCUCACUGGUGGGCACUAAUCUUUCUUCUAGCCCCACCCUCCUCCAGUUUGACGUGGAGGUGAGCAGUGCGUGCUGCGUGCCAGCUUUUAGCGGUCCCGGUUCCGGUGGGUCCACUUCUCGACUUCAACUUGAAUUCACCCCCGGUCCAAGUGGAUUCGUGAUCACUGAUGGUUUCAGCCCAGAUGGCAUUCCAGUCAAUUGGACACGCGCAGCAUUCCAAAAUAGGAACGUUCUGGGAACGACUGUUACUCUUCUUGGUCCGUCCGGUACACCUGUGGCUCCAGGAUUUGCAGGGGCUCCAGCAGCUGGACGGUGGAGCAUCUACGCUUUCACCGACGGUGAUGUGGCCGUCAUCAACAACGUCUUCCAGAAUCCUUAUCUUCGGCUGAGGUUGGAGCCAUGCGGUUAACACCCCCCUCCCGAAGAUGAUCGUGAUUACCGUGACCGCACGGGGCGUAGUUUAGAUCAGUUGUGAAAUAGCCUUGAAAAGACAAACGCCUGAGCUCUCGUGGCUGGUGGGAAAAAC